AUGUGCAUGAUUUGUAAAGAACACUCAAAUCAGUCUCACGUAAGUUAGCGCCCUGUAAUCGCCAACUUUAAUACUAAAAUAUAUUCAGAACCCCAUGUACGGAGGCACUAAUGUAACUGCAUCCAGUUCAGGAGCUCCACCACAUCUUCCUCCAACAUACGUACCCCCUCCAAGUAUGAUCGAUACGUCGGUCCCCCCACCUAACUUUAUGUUUAUGCCACCUCCUAUGCCUUUUCCGCCAGGGUUUCCACCACCUAUGUGUGGGACGUUUCCCGGACCUUUCUUUCCCCCACCUCCGAUAUUUUCUCAACCGGAAUCACCUACAACUCGCGGACGGCAUCAUUCUGUAGUUUUGCCUCCUCCACCGCCACCACCAGAAUCAGUUCCAUGCAUGAAGCAAAACUCUACCAAACCAGCUAACGGUUGCACAGAGACCACGGCAAAACAGCCUAAGGUACGAGAUUUGUGAAGUUAUUAUGUUAAAUGUUUAGAAACUUUCGAAGCCCGUGGAUAUGCUAUCCGAAGAUCCAAUUUUGAAGGAGCUGGGAAAACCAAUAAAGAGAUUGUUUGGCUCACCUAUCAACCAUUGCGAGUCAAAGAAAUGUAAAGUUGAAGUGAAAGGAGAACCUUCCGCCAAACAUGGAUGUAACAACAACACUACUGCAAAAGACGACGUGAUUAUAAUCAGCGUUAAUAGCAAGGAUACAAGUCACUCCUCACCAUCACCGACAAUGCAGAAGGCAUGUAAUACGAACAGUGUGAGGGAUAAAAAGCCGGAUGAUAGCGAUAUCAUUGUCCUUGAAGACGACACUAAGCCUAGCACCAUCAAAAUGUCAUGGAAGGAAUGCACACAAAAGCAUACCGACGGGCAGACAAAAGAACCUAAUUGUCGAAACAACGGCAAAUUUGAUCCAUUAGUCAUCUCCGUAAAAACGCCGAAAAGCGAAAAAACAGCAUCCAACAAGUCCAAUCUGAAAUCAUCGGAGAAGCAGCGAAAAUUCGAGAUUAUCUCGUCCACGGAAGUUCAUAAGGAGAAGAAGGAUAAGACCAUCAAACAGACGACUUUAACUCCAAAAGAAAACCAUCAUGUGGAAAUGACAAAAUUAAAAGACGAAAAGAAGCGUGUAUCUGGAAAGUCGGCGUCACCAAAGUAUUUAGAAAAAGAUAAGAUGAUUAAGCUUGCAGUCCAGCAAAAGAAAGUCCCAACAACAAGUCCGAAAGUUUACCAGAAGAUAGAAAACGAACGAUCAACGAGCCCUAAGAAAGAGGAUAAACAUGCUAAGGUGCACGUGACGUCAGAAGAAGUAAAACCGUCAAAUGAAGCCGACUUAUCAUCAACGGAGAAGCUAGAGAGAGACCACAAGAAAAAUGGUGAGAAAGACAAAUUUAUUGCCCCUGUAGGAAAGUUCGAGAAGCCCUCGACUUCGGCUGACAGUCCAAAAAAGUCUGAUGAUGACAUUAAUCAAGCCGAUAGUCCAAAGAAGGACAAGAAGAAGAAGUUCAAACUACCCAAGAUCUCCGAAAAAUUCCGGAAAUAUGUCCACAUCGACAUCCAUCCCAACGGUGGGGCUUCUGUCCUCAGGGCAGAUUGGCGCAAAAUAAAACUACAUUUCGACAAGGCCGAGCGAGCUCAAUUUUCCCAAGAAUUUAUUAACCUUGGCCUCGCCGAAAUCAAUGAGACGCCUGUGUUUGUAAUUUGCAUCCUCGAACAUGCUGCAGAAUACAUGGGGAAUAUUCUCGACAUUCUCAACGAAAAGCACACCCAUCUUCCAGUCAAGGUUGGGAGCUUAGUAAACAAACAAAUCGUUGAAACAAUGCAUGUUGGAGAGUACUACAAGCAUGUAAUGGAGAGUUGUCGGCAAGGCACCUUCAGAUAUGGGCCCUUAAACGCCUUAAGUUUAGUUGGAACAAAGCAAGAAGAGUGCGGGGACUACUUUAAGGCAGGUGCUACUUUUUCACAAAUAUAAACUUGGAUUUAUUGAUUACAGGAUAUAAUUGCGAUGUUAGAGCACAGCCCAGUCCUCAAGAGUCUCAUGCCCUGGGGAAAAAUGGCCAUAACAAGUGAGCAAGACCCUACUGACAGCGAUGACGGUCCAAUCUUUUGGAUUCGGCCGGGAGAGCAGCUCAUACCAACAGAUGAGCUCAAAGAAGAUGUCAAGGCUAAACGAAGAAACAGUAAUGGCCGGAAGGUGGGGAUGACAAUACGAUCUCUGGACCGACGGGAAGUUCUGUUUGAAGACCGAACUCCCUGCCAUGCUGAUCAUGUCGGUGAUGGACUGGAGAGACACACAACCGCGGCCGUCGGAAUACUGCAAUCCAUUCGAGGACCGCAUGAACAUAAGUAAGUUGACUAAUAAUCGACAAAAAUAUUCAGCGAUCAAUUCGGCCGAUACCGAGGAACCCGUAGAAUUUACUUUCGUUUUUCGACUAGAGACAACGAAGUAAUUUUUGCGGGUACCUUGUGAUCGACUCGAGAUCGAAAGAAUUUAAAUGCUGUAUCAAAUCUAGAUUGUGAUGGUAGUCAAAUUAUUAUAUUUAAAGGGAAGAAGAGGCCCGAGUUGUAAAGGAUGUUGUGUGCUUCCAUGCCAGUGACUUCGAUAGAAUUGUUGAAACCCUCCGCCUCGAUUUAUAUGAACCUCCAAUGUCCCAGGUAUUAUUUUAAUUCGAUUUCUUUACUUCAGAUGGAGGAUUAACAUUCUAAUCUUAUCGUUUUUAGUGUGUUCAAUGGGUUGAGGAAGCCAAAUUAAAUCAACUACGAAGAGACGGAGUCCGUUAUGCCAAAUUCGGACUCCAUGAAAAUUGUAUUUAUUUCCUGCCAAGGAAGAUAAUCCAUCAGUUCAGGACAGUGAGUGCCUGUGCUUCUGUCGCCUGGCAUGUCCGUCUGAAACAAUACUACCCUGAGGAAGAGUCGUCCAGAUAA